AUGAACGGGCAAUCUGUGGAGGACUAUACGGGCUCCAUGCGACAGUUCCGACGCAUGGUGAACUCGUCUCCGGAUACAUUAGACAACGAUUCCUCUUCGGCAAGCAGUACAGCAUAUGGGUUAUCUGCGUCUCAGUUUGCUCAAAGAAGCCAGGGCCUGGUCAGGACGAGGUCGGAUUCGUUUAAACCGAACGAUACUACCACAACUCUCCAGACUCGGUCUGGUGACGCUUAUUCUCAGCGUAGGGGGAUUCGAUGGGCUCCGCUAAAUAUCAGCCUUAAAAGACGACUCCAGACUCUCGUUGUGCUGCUUCACACAAUCUCCAUCGCCUUUUGCCUGAUGUCCUUCUUCUUCUGCUGCGCAAUCCCUCUAUUCUGGCCAAUUCUAUUCCCAUAUGUGAUCUACAUCUCGCUAUUUUCCAAAGCUGCAACGGACGGAAAUCUAUCUCGACGGAACAACUUCAUUCGAUCCCUCCCCAUCUGGAAGCUGUUCGGGUCAUAUUUCCCAGCUCGCCUUCACCGUACAGUACAACUCCCACCAACUAGAAAGUAUAUUUUCGGUUACCAUCCGCAUGGAAUCAUCUCCCAUGGGGCUUUUGCGGCGUUCGCUACCGAGGGUCUGGGCUUUUCGAAGCUAUUCCCGGGAAUUACCAAUACGCUACUUACGCUGGACUCCAAUUUCCGUCUCCCCUUCUACCGUGACUGGGCACUGGCAAUGGGUUUAGGCAGUGUAUCGCGAGAAUCAUGCGAGAAUAUCCUCUCGAAGGGUGGCUUGAAUAAAGAAGGCAUGGGGCGGGCAAUUACCAUCGUCAUAGGCGGGGCGCGAGAGUCUCUCGAUGCUAGACCAAAUACUCUCCGCCUGAUACUUCGUCGACGAAAGGGAUUCGUGAAGCUUGCUAUUCGGACGGGCGCGGAUCUCGUUCCUAUCCUCGCAUUUGGCGAAAACGAGCUUUACGAGCAGAUAGAUUCUGAUCAGCAUCCGCUCAUUCAUAAAUUUCAAAUGCUCGUCAAGAGUUCGAUGGGCUUUACGAUUCCGCUUUUCCAUGCUCGAGGGGUAUUUAAUUAUGAUGUUGGCUUAAUGCCGUACCGAAGACCGUUGAAUAUCGUUGUCGGUAGACCGAUUCACGUUAUCCAACAGAGCGAUAGGAAUAAGAUUGAAGAUGCAUACGUUGACGAGCUGCAUGAGAAAUACAUCCGGGAACUGGAGAAGCUGUGGGACGAGUGGAAGGAUACUUUUGCCCCCGACCGGAUCUCCGAGCUUGAGAUCACCGCUUAG